AUGAAAGGCUAUGACAAAUACCUGCCCAGGCAGAUGGAGCAAGUGCCAGCCAGCUUGAGAAGGCAGUGUGCUAGCAGUGUCUGCCCUGAGAUGAUGAGGCUGUACAUUCCCUACCUCACCUGCUGGCGCAGCACCGCCUCUGGGACCUCCGGCUGCUCCCAGGCUAGUGGGGCCGGGGCGACCCGGGCUGCAGCCGCUUGGGGUGCCCCGGCGGCUGGGGAAUGGGAAGAUGUGAGCCCGGCCGCCCGGGGCCCUGCUGGAGCUCCGCCGGGACGCUCGGAGCGCCUGCCCCGGCCCGCAACGCUUUUCUUCCUGCGCAUCGGCAAGCUGGCCGAGGGCAGAAAUAGGGAUAUGAAACAUCUUCUACUGAUUUUCGACUCUUGGCGGCAGCUGCCAUAUUCCUCGAGAGUCACUGAGUCCCAGACAAGAUACUCCAAGCUCAACACAUUUGUAAUAGACGACGGCUUUUUUUUUUUUUCUUUCCAGAAAAGAGCUCCUCACCACCGGGCCCGGAACCAGCUCCUUCCCCGAGACCGCGUUCCCGCCUUAGGGCAAGUUCUUCCCUUCGAGAUCCGAGCCUUGCGCCCGGACGCUGAGGCUGUGGUGUGGGUUCUUUUCAGGAUAGUUUUUGCGUUCGGGGUGCCCGGAGCCCAGUCCUGAGGCCCCGCUGUGACUUUCCAUUGUUGGCGCCGCCCGCGCCGGCGGGCGGCCGGGGCUGAGUCAUUCCGAAUUCUUCUCUUUACGUUUUCUCUCCGCGAGCGCGGGGAUGGCUGCUCUAAGAGUCAUCUUCCUUGCUCAGACAAAAGAAAUCUAGCCUUUGAUGGUUCUGAUUCACGAGUCCGCUAAAAUAUGAGUCAAACUCCAGUUUCCUGAGAGCUGGAAAUAUCUGCUCCGCCCCACCCUAACGGGGAGCGCCCACAGUUCCCGUUUCGCCACCCAGUGGCUCAAAUCUGGAGCACUUCUUUGGUGUCCAGGCAAACCGAUCCGCGCGCCGCUAAGUGGUUUUCAGGGCAGUGAAACUGCAGCGGAGUCCAAGCUUCUGAAGAGAGGUGCGUGUAUGUGUGUGUGUAUGCUUUUAAUAAUCAGUUCUUUAAAACUAUGAAAUUGUUAGAGUGAAAAUGAUGGACCUUAUCCCGGGAUAGGGAGCGAAGAAGAUUCCUGAACUGAACGGCAGCCUCCGCGGUAUCCUGUUUUAUUUUUGGCAAGUGAAUAUGGGUCGUUUGGCAAGGCCUGUGGCUGACAGGAAUAUCAACAAGGGCCACUUUGUAGGCCACAGAAGCCACUUUACGCCCAGGGUGAGGUGUAA